GCUAUUGAACCAGUCUCUAAUAUAGUACAGCCUGCUGUGUGAGCAGCUCCGUCACUCCAAAGAGAACUCCUCAGAGAGAGCUAUGAGUCGGGGAUCCAAGGCCAAGCUUCAGCAGGGGAGCAGACACAGCACUCUGCUCAGCCCUUUGGAGAAUGAAAGGUUGGAAGACUUAAUGGGAAGAAGGUGUGCUUCUCUGGCCACUGCUGUGGUCCAGCUGUUCAUGGCCCUGCCACACAGUCCAACCUUCUGGAGUCUGCAGCACACUGGAGUGGCCUGCUUCAUCAAGGACAACCCCCAACGCUCCUACUUCAUACGUCUAUUUGAUGUGAAGGCAGGUAAACUGAUAUGGGAGCAGGAGGUCUAUGCCCAAAUGUCUUACUUCUGCCCUCGACCUUUCUUCCACUCUUUUGCCGGUGAUAAUUGUCAAGUCGGGCUGAACUUUGCAAAUGUCCAAGAAGCUGAAACCUUUCAAAAUGCAGUGGAAGAAAAGAUCAGCCAAAGAGACCGUCAAGCUUCAGAAAAGAAACAACGACCCCUAGCUUCAAAUGACAGGGGAUCUCUACCUCCACUGCCACCUGGCAAAGGGCCUGUGAGUACCUCAAUGGCCACCAUAGACAUCCAGAACCCAGACAUUCAGGCCUCGCGCUACCGCUCGGUGGCUUCCCCUCCAUCUGUCUUCAGCUUAGGCAAAAGCAGAAAGGAAAAGAAAAGCAAGAAAAAAGGGAGCAAGUUUUCCAAAGCUGAUAUUGGAGCGCCCAGUGGGUUCACACAUGUGAGUCAUGUGGGCUGGGACCCCAACAACCUGGACCCUGACCUGAAGAAGCUGCUGUCCACCGCUGGCAUCAGUGAGGAGGAGCUGAAGGACGAGGAGACAUCCCAACUCAUCCAGAACGUCAUUGAGCAGUCAGGAGGCAUGGAGGCAGUCAAGAAGGCCAUGAACAAAGAUCGUCAUCCUCCGCCCCCCAGUAGGCAGGGUCCUCUCCCUCCAGUGCCUGGGGUCUCUUCUUACUCCUCCCCCCCUGCUCCUGGCAGUGCCUGUGCUCCGCCUCCCUCACGGAGUCGCUCUGGCCCCCUGCCUCCUCUCCCAGGCCAGCCACAGCGUGGAGCGCCCGCUCAGCCCCCUCCCUCACGCACCGGCCUGCCACCACCACCCCCUUCAGCUCGAGCUGGUCUCCCGCCGCCUCCACCCUCCGUGUCCUACUCCCACAGCCCUCCUCCACCUCCCCCCGGGACCCAUCGCUCCAUGGCUGCUCCUCCAGCCUCCACACCCCACAGAGGAGGACCUGCCCCUCCUCCCCCUCCUCCUCCCCCCCCUCCUCCCCCAGCACACAUUUCAGAAGACUUCCCUCCUCCUCCUCCACCCUGUGGGACUCUCAAACCUCCUCCUCCUACAUCCGAUGGGGGAGGUGGGGGUGAGGGGAGAGGGGAUCUGUUGAACCAGAUACGCCUGGGAAAGAAGCUAAAAAAUGUAACUGAGAGUCCUGAUCUCCCUUCACCUGCUCAGUCUGAUUCUGAUGAGGGCAUCGUUGGAGCUUUGAUGAUGGUCAUGCAAAAAAGAAGCAAAGUCAUCCACUCCUCAGAUGAAGAUGAAGAUGAUGGUGGAUUUGACGAUGACGAGGAUGAUGAAUGGGAUGACUAGCUGCCUCCCGAAGCUGUGUCCUGUUGAUUUCACCAGCUACUGUCUCACUGGUUGGUCAGGGUCUACUGUAAUCAUCUCUCCCAUUUCUAAACUGUAUGAAAGGAGGAUCGUUUCAUGACUUAUGGUAAAAUGUUUUCAACUGAAUGUUCAUGAACGAUAAUAAAUAUAUAGAAAACUGUC